UUCUUAGAUAAAUAAAUAUUAGGGGAAUGGCCAUUAACUCAGUCUUCUUGGUAUUCAUAUGAGGCAUGAUGAUCAUUUCAGCCUCUUCACAAGGUAUCCUGCUCAAGCUCCAGUCAACAGUGAGUCUGGGUGGCUCAAAGUUUGAACAUCCAUUCUUCCUGACAUUCAUAGUCUUUCUUGCAAACUCAUUGUGAAUAUUGUUAUAUCUACUCGAGAAGGCUUAUCUUACUCUCAAAUAUGGGAGCAUCGAGCAGAGCCCAGAAAUGAUAGAGGCUAAGCUCAAGGGCAAACGUAUUGAUAUGAACCCCUUGAUGAUGGCCAUACCUAUGCUGUGUGACAGCAUAGCCAAUCCUCUUUACAUGAUAGCAUACAUUAAUAUCCCUGCAAGUAUAGCCCAAAUGAUGAGCGCACUUGUGAUCUUCGUAGUCGCUCUGCUAUCAAUCCUAUUCUUUGGCAGAAAGUAUUACAGACAUCAUUGGCUCGGCCUCGUCUUGGUCUUUGUUGGUAUCUGCCUUGUAGCAAUCUGAGCGCUGAUAUCAAGCAAGGGCUCAGGAGCAGCAGGCAACGUACCUCUUGGAGUUAUUCUGAUGUUGUUCUGAGUAAGUGUAGCUGGCCUACAGUAUAUUAUUGAAGAGAAACUUCUAGAUUCUUACUAUUUAUCUCCUUUAAAAGCAGCAGGUUGGGAAGGGAUCACAGGCACAUUUCUAUGGCUAGCCCUGCUCAUCAUCUUCCAAUACAUUCCUUGAGAAGCAGAAAUAUGUAAUAAUGGGAAAGUUGAAAACACUAGGGUAGCUUUUGAGUUCAUGGCUCAGAGCACUCCCUUAAUCCUCUUAUUGGUUGGAAAUCUUAUCUUCACAACAUUAAUGACUGCGUUUAGCAUGGCAGUCACAAAAUAUGUUUCAGCUACAGCCAAGAUUAUCUUAAAGCAGGUAAAGACAGUGGUAGUUUGGCUCUUUUUCCUUGUCUACAGAGGAGAUGGGCAUGAAUCGUUCCAAGUCCUCCAACUCAUUGGAUUCCUGAUUCUCUGAAUAGGUGUCAUCCUCUUCAACGAGAUCCUAAUAAUUCCAAUACUUGGAUUCGACCGGAAUACAAAAGCAGAGAUUGCUCAUAAUGAAGAGUCUGAAGAGACCACAGUAGAAAACAGAGAACUAUACGAACCUCUUUGUCAGAACUAAAAAGAAGGUACCUCUCUCAGAAAAAUCACGUACAAAUUCCCUCCUA